AUGAAUAACCAAACUUCAGCACAACAUCUAUAUGAACAGACUUCACAGUAUAAACAUUGGCAGUUUACUGCAGAAAAACUAAUGGAAAAAAGACUGCAGGUCAACACUGAUGGGGUUGCUCGAACUCUAGAAGCAUUAAGACUUGAAAACGAGUUGAAACAGUCAGAAAGUACCGAUUCUUCCGCAAGUCCUGGUUCCGAAUGUGUUACAUGGAAAGAACAGCUGGACUAUUGCAGAUUUUACGAAGGCAAGAUCAUCGAUUACUGUAAAUUCUUUGGAUUUGACAAGACUGCUACAGCGAUUGUUUUUUUUAAAAGAUUCUAUCUCAACAAUACCGUCAUGGACUAUGAUCCCAAAAUUAUCUUGAUGACAUGUCUUUUUUUGAGCACAAAAGUAGAAAACUCGUUGAUGCCGCUCGAUGAGUUUCUCAGCAAAGUACCCAAGUCGCCAGAUGCAAGCGUCAUGAUUCAUUUGGAAUUUGUGCUUUCCAAAGGAAUUCAAUUUGAAUACUCUGUACAUCAUCCAUACUGGCCAUUGCAUGGAUUUUUCCUUGAUAUCCAGACGUUUAUACAAUCUUCACAACCCCGAGGGAAACAUCCAGACUUGAUAAAACGACUGUAUGCCGUCUAUAAUCAAGCAACAGAUUUGAUUACAUCGUCCUUGAUAUCAGAUGCUUUGUUCAUGUAUAUGCCUUCACAGAUUGCUCUUGCUGCAAUCCAGGAGAUGGCAAGUCAUGUACCUACUAUUGCACCCAUCAUCAGUGCAUUUAUUACAGAUCGAUUUCAAAACGAAACACCCGAACGAGUACAAGGAUUGAUUCAACUUUUACAGGCAAUUCGUGUAGAUUUGUGCAAUGCCAAGGAGCUUACAGUAAACAAGGCUACAGCAGCUGUAGUAGCCAGCAAACUCAGAUUGUAUUCCAAUCCUGAAUUUGAUCCUACAAGUAAACUAUUUGCUUUGCGCAAACAAGAAGAGGAGCAGCAGAAUGAAGCCAAGAGAUUAAAAAAAGCCGACAAGGCUCGACACAAUCGUGACCAGCUUGCAACGAUUGUCAACUAG